AUGCUCAGUGAACGUGGGCACCGGCUCGUGCAAUCCAAGCGCAUCGCCCAGAGUCGCAUCCGGCGCGCUACGACGUGGAUCGUGAGUCUCCUCAUCUCGAGUGUUGCAGUGGCUUACGUUGCCAAGCCGUCGUACAACGGCCUCACACUGACGUUCAGUGGUAGCCAGAUCUCUCAGACCUACCCGUUCACGGUCAUCGACACUAGCAACCUCCGCUUCUACAACCUUCUUUUGGUGCCAAACGCGCCAGCGCUAUUGCAGUCGCUCGAAAACCUCACUAAAACGACGCAGUUUGCCGAGCCGCUCGUCUUUGCCCAGCUCGUCACCAACGCCAGCGAGUACCUCUCCUUAAUGGAUGCCACGACGACCGCGCAGCACUUGGCUGAUCUGGAUGUCGCCAUCGGUGCGCGCCAUGUGAAUACGUCGCGGCCCGUGCGUUGCAUUGGCACUGCUGGCUCGCCCCUUGGCUGGGUCAACGGCUUUUGCGUCAGCUAUACCGAGCGCAAAAUUUACCACGCGUGGACAUCCAGGUACUUCUACAACGGCGAGGAGGCGCGCGGCGGCGCCAUCGCCAACGCCGUCAUGCUCUUCACGUACGACGGAGACUUUUUGAGCCGACGUCGCGCGGAGACGCUGCUACCCGACGCGGUGGCUGUCGCCGGUCUCGGGUAUUUCCGCGUGAACCACGCUUGGGUGCGGACGAUCGAGGACCCGUUCAGCUUCCAGGGCGUUCGAGACGACGGCGCGGCGAUCGUGGUUGUAAGCUUCCUCUCGGUCCUCAACUUUAACGGCGCCAAGAUCUUCCUGGGUCUCCAAGCCCCGAAUCCGUGCUACGAUGUCCUCGAGCACAUCGACUACGGCUACAUCAACCUCGUGACGGCCGAGUACAUUUGGCUCGGCCCGCAGCUCGCAACCUACAUUACGCAGUUUGUGCUGGUGCUCGCCGCGCUCGGUUCAGUCGAGCACGACGUCUCAGUAUCGAUCCUCGUCGACCUGGUAAGCGCGACGAUGUACUCGUCGGUGCUUCUUGUCAUUUCGUUCCUUGGCAAGUACUACCUCGUCUUCAACCUCAGCAGCAUGCUUCGAUCGGACUCGAUCCUAUCCAUCUACCUCAUUUCAGUCAUUUCGCUCUACCACAAUCUGAUCGUGUCGCACUGUUGGCCGUCCAAGCUCUUUGUUGCUCUCCACUACACAAGCAUUAGCAUCGGUAUCUUCCAUCGGAUGUUCUUGACGCUCUUGGCGCUCGCCGUCACGGGCGCCGAAAUCUUCCUCGGCUGCAGCUUCAACACCAAGCUGCAGGUCGGAACCAAACCGACGCCGUGCAUUUUUGGCACGGGCAACUGCUUCAACGAGAUCAACGCCCGCGUCGUCGCUGUCAUGGCCAUGCAUCUCGCGGUGCUUUCACUCUAUGUGCUAGCAAUCACCUUGCAUUUUCGGCGCCACCCGCGCCAACUCGUCAAAGUCCACGGCCUCUUCGGCUACGCCAAGGAUCCUAUCGGGUCGCUCGUCAAAGUGUCUGCUACAACGUUCGAGACGCACUGCUACGGGCAGCUCCUCGAUCGCUUCCUCGCAUCGCGGUAUCUCUGCGUCGACGCGCGGAGAGAGAGCAUUGGCACAUCGACCGUCGCCGUCAUGACGCUCGGCUUUGUCCCCAUGCGCUGCGGCCUUUUGAUUCGGUUCAAAGACUACGCAACAUUUGUGGUCGCGCGCCUCCUCCCCAUGAGCUGCAAGAAAACGCUGCGUAUCUCGAUCCCGGUCGCAACACUCGCCAACAACAGCGUCGAGGGCCCGCUCACUUACGUCUACAUCCACGCACUCCCGGCCCACGAUCUGCGCAUUGGCCACCCAGCCUGCAUACUCUAACAGUUUUCUCCAUGACAAUCCCAGUGGC